GCAAUGCGGACGGGGGACAGCAGCUCUGGGCUGAAGGAGGGGGAGUCGGGGAGGUUGGGGCUGAGAGCUGGGGACCUGGGGGUGAGGAUGUCUUGUGACCCAGCCUCUGAUGUCCUUCCAGGGACCCUCCCCAAACCCAGCAUCUGGGCUGAGCCAGGCUCUGUGAUCCCCUGGGGGAGCCCCGUGACCAUCUGGUGUCAGGGGACCCUGGGGGCCCAGGAGUACGUGCUGUACAGACAGAGAACCUCAGCCCACAGUGGGACCUACAGGUGCUACAGCUCACUCAGCAGUAACCCCCACCUGCUGUCACACGCCAGUGCCCCCCUGGAGCUCGCGGUCUCAGAAUUCCUACCCUCACACCCCCAAGACUACACAGUGGAGAAUCUCAUCCGGAUGGGCAUGGCUGGCUUGAUCCUGCUGGGCCUCGGGAUUCUGCUCUUUCAGGCUCAACACCGCCACGGAGGCACCCAGGAUGCAGCCAGGAGCUGAACACAGAGGGAACCAUGCACCGUCCCGAGAGGCGGAGCCCUGGACAUGGCCUUGUGUGCCCGGGAGGCUCUGGAAGAGAAUCUGCAGCACGUGCUGUGUGAACUGUCUCAGCAGGGAGGGAGAGACGUGGUGUGGGGGCCGGAGAAGGCCUGGAGUCCCUGAGGAGGACUGGGCCUCUCUUAACCGUGGUGCCUUCCCUCCCCACCAGUGAAGACUCUCCCUGACUGCCCCGCCCCCUCUCACCCUGUGACGUGGGGCACAUCCCAGACAGCAGGUUUGGGUCCUUACCUUUAUACAUAUUCAUGUUCUGUUUCACUUAUCAUGAAACACAUGUUUCUUUAUUUUUAAUUUCCACAUUUGCUAAUGUGUGUCAUUGACCCUUAUUCGCUCAUCCCAGAACAGACUGUUUUAAUAACUGA